GUGGAGACCAGUCCCCAGGGAUAGGCUUCAAGGUUCCCAGCACGGAGGGACCCUCCAGCAGAAGUCAGGAGGAAGAGGGCAGAUUCCAGCAGGUGUGGGGCCCACACUGAAAAUGCCACGUUCCUUCCUGGUGAAGAGCAAGAAGGCUCACACCUACCAUGAGCCCCGUGUACGUGAGGAUGACCUGGUCUGGCCUCCUGCUGUCACCCCUGUGGCCAGGGACCAGGUCCUGAUCAACAGCCCUGUCCUCAGCACACUGCUGCUCCCAAAUCAGCACCUGGAGUGGAACAACGUCAAACAGGAGCCGGAGCUGGAGCUGGAACAGAGCUUGACCAGGAUGGCCUCAGCACCAGAGGGGCCCAUUAUGACAUCCCGACCCCAGGAUGGGGACUCACCACUCUCUGAGUCACCCCCUUUCUACAAGCCCAGCUUCUCUUGGGAUGCACUGGCCUCUUCCUACGGUCAUACCUACCAGCAGGCCCCCUCCACCAUGCAGUCAGCCUUCCUGGAGCACUCUGUCCGGCUGUAUGGCAGCCCCCUGGUGCCCAGCACUGAGCCCCCCCUGGACUUUAGCCUCCGUUACUCCCCGGGCAUGGACACAUACCAUUGCGUCAAGUGCAACAAGGUGUUCUCCACCCCACAUGGGCUGGAAGUGCAUGUCCGCCGCUCUCACAGUGGGACCCGGCCGUUUGCCUGUGACAUCUGUGGCAAAACCUUCGGCCACGCCGUGAGCCUGGAGCAUCACACACAUGUCCACUCCCAGGGCAUCGCGGCCGGGUCCAGUCCUGCGCCCAGCUUGGCUCUCCCAGGCCUCGAGGCCCCACCUGCACCUGACCCCCUGGGGCCUCGUUUCCUCCGGCAGGAGCGCAGCUUCGAGUGCCGGAUGUGCGGCAAAGCCUUCAAGCGCUCGUCCACCCUGUCCACCCACCUGCUCAUCCACUCGGACACACGGCCCUACCCCUGCCAGUUCUGUGGGAAGCGCUUCCAUCAGAAGUCAGACAUGAAGAAGCAUACCUACAUCCACACUGGUGAGAAGCCACACAAGUGCCAGGUAUGUGGGAAGGCCUUCAGCCAGAGCUCCAACCUCAUCACCCACAGCCGCAAGCACACAGGCUUCAAGCCUUUCAGUUGUGAGCUGUGCACCAAGGGCUUCCAACGCAAGGUGGACCUGCGGCGGCACCGUGAGAGCCAGCACAACCUCAAGUGAGGCUGGACCUGCUGCCAGCUCCUGGCCCUCCUUCUCCAGCUCCUGUCCCCUGGAGGCCUGCCUCACGCUCCUGGAUCCCCACUAUCCUGGAGGUAGCGCUGGACAGGAACUUCCAGCUUGUUUCGAGACUCAGGAAUUGCUGGGUGACCUCGGAUAAGUCACUUUCCCUCGUGGGACCAACGUUUCUCCUGCCACAAAGUAUGGGAACUGGGCCAGGUCAAUCUGAGCUGUAGUUGUCCAUGGAUGUGCUCAGGUGCCUCCCCUGUCAGCACAGAAAGCUGGAAAACCCCACAGGCAUGGGGUGCCAAGACAGGCCAGAGCUGGAACUCACAGAAACACUUUUUCUAUCUGUUCCACUGAGACCUGGUCACCUUGGA